AUGGCGCGGCCCAGCAAGCUCAGUAGCCAGCGACAGGCCAGCCCAACGCCUAGCUUUGCCCAAACCGACCAGCAAUUAUGCAAAAACGUCCCUUCAUUUACCUCUAUUCCACUCAAGGUCCACAGGCACUAUUUAGUUGAGUCAUGUAUUUCACAAAUGAAACCCCGUAUAAUUAUUUUCCUUGAUUUCUCACCCUUUACCUUCCCCAGAAACAGAGAACGACGAACACCAUGGCUGACGGCGGCGGCAAGGGCGUGGAGGAGCCGGGGAAGGCACGGCCGCGGCGGUCCCCUCGCCGGCGAGCUGCACGGGAAACCCGCGCGACCACGGAAACUCGGCGAGGAGAGGCGGAACGACGGCGCUGGAGGAGCGUUGAGGAGUCGCCGGUCCGGCGCGGAGUGUGAGCGGUCAUGGCCUGCACGGGCGCUGGGGAACCGAGCGGCCACGGCACUGCAGCAGGCGUGCGGGGCGCUGUUGCUCGGCUGGUUGAGGCAGCAAGACUUGCGCGCGCAUGGCCGGCGGAGCUCCGGGCGUGGGCGCUGUGGGCGCACGGGAGAGGCUGGCACCGGCGCGGACAACCAGCGAGGCACCGAGGCUCGAUGCGGAUGGAAACGCGGUGCGGGUGCGGCACUGGACCACGCAGCAGGGCUGCGGCUCGGACGCGUUGCGGCUGCCGUGCGCUGCGGCGGCGGAGGAAACAACCACGGCAGCGUGGAGGAGCGAGGAGGAGCAGGGAGGCACUGGUACUUGCGCGGAGGCAGGGAAAAGGAAGAGCUACGGCUGCGUUGCUUGCGUGCUCUGCUAUAA